CGUGAUGACGUCUCGCUCGUGACGCGCCUGCGUCAUCACCGCGAGCGCCGGCGGCGGCGGAGGGGGGAGAGACCCGGGUCAGGCCGGGGCCGCGCAGCGCUACCGGGAACCGGGGCCGCCGCGCUCCGCUCCGGUUCCCGGCUUCCCGCCGGGCCGAGCGGGGCCGAGCUGAGCUGAAGAGAGGCGGGCACCGGCGAUACAACCGGCGGGGCGAGCGCGGGGGCCGCACGCCGACCCCCGCCGCGGGGCUCAGGGGAUCCGGGAGCGGCGGGCGGCCGUCGGGGAUGUCCUACAAGCCUAUCGCUCCCGCCCCCGCUACCCCCGGAGCCGCCAGCGCCAGCCCCGCCCCGCCGGGGCCCGGGGCACCGUCCGCCGCCACGAGUGUCCCGUCGCCCUCCGGUUCCGUCCCUGGCGCCGCCGCCCCUUUCCGGCCGCUCUUCAAUGACUUCGGGCCGCCGUCCAUGGGCUACGUGCAGGCCAUGAAGCCCCCCGGGGCACAGGGCUCGCAGAGCACCUACACCGACCUGCUCUCGGUCAUCGAGGAGAUGGGGAAGGAGAUCCGGCCCACCUACGCCGGCAGCAAGAGCGCCAUGGAGCGGCUGAAGCGGGGGAUCAUCCACGCCCGGGCGCUGGUCAGGGAGUGCCUGGCAGAGACAGAGCGAAACGCCCGCACGUAACGGCAGCUGCCACCCGGGACCCCCCGGGACCUCCCGGUGGUGGCGGCGGGGGUGGGGGGGCCGCCGUGCUGCCCGAGUCCCCCCUCCCCGCGCUCUCCGCUCUUUAUAAAUGCGUGUUUUUAUAAAUAAAGGACAAUGUUGGGA